CACUAGUGGUUGGCGUAAAAAAUAGUUUACUGAGGCACGCCGUCGUGGAAGUUUGUGAGAAAAGACGCAGAAAAAUAGGAAAAUUAAUUGAGUUUAUUACAAAAUGAGUGCACAAGUAGUGUUAUUUGCAUGUUCCAAGUGUUUUACGCGCCAUGAGUUUCAUGAAUUAUCUCCAGGGCAAAAUUUGUGCAAGGAAUGCCGGGGAGCCUAUCCCAUCGUUAAAUGCACCUACUGCAGAUCAGAAUUUCAACAGAGCAGCAAGGGCAGCACCUCAACAAUUUGCAAGAAAUGCGAGCAGAAUGUCAAGCAGUACGGAAAACCAUCAGCUUGUGAAUACUGUAACAUAAUUGCUGCUUUUAUUGGAAGUAAAUGCCAAAGGUGUACAAACUCCGAGUUAAAAUACGGACCUGCUGUGACGUGUGAACAGUGUAAACAGCGGUGUGCUUUCGAUAGGCAAGACGAUAAUAAGAAGAUCGAUGGAAAGUUACUGUGCUGGCUGUGUACGCUGUCCUACAAACGUGCUCUUGCAAAGGCAAGGCAAGUUGAGACAGAACGGCGAAUGGCUAAGAAGCGAAGCCAUAGUAGCGAUAAAACGGCUCAGCAGCAGAUUAAGGAGAAUAAUGCGAAGAAACUGCAGCGCAAUGAGUUGAAUAAGGGAUCUUCGGGAGUCCCAGAGAUUGCUGAAAAGAUGGCCAGAGUGGCCAAUAGUGGUUCAAUUGAUCCAAAUAGCUCUGAUCACGUUGUGGCAAUGACACAACUCAAAGAGACCAUUGCGAGCCUUCAGAAGAAGCUAACGCUGAAGGAUAAGGAGUUGCUGCAGAAGGAUAAAAUGAUAACUGAGCUGAAGGCACAACACUUUACAGCUGAGACGGAACUCAGGAAUAAAAUGAAAGAAGAGGAAAGAAUGUUUGAAUCGAAGGUGGAUAUGCUAAAUCAGAAGGUAGCCAGUUUGCUGAAGGAAAUAGCCUCACUCUCCAAGACAACCAAAAGACGUGGAAAUGCUGUUAAGAAUGAGAAUAGUAGUAGUCAAGCUGCUAAAGAUAGUGGAGGAUCAGGAACAGACAGCCCUAGCACAAACUAAGGUUGUAGAUUUUUUUUUGUUUUCUUCUACGUUUUCACUUCUUUGUCUGAAACACAGAAAACGCAACAAAAAAAAAUUAAAAUUGUUUAUUUUUUUCUUCUAAAUUCAUAAAAACAUUAUAAGUGAACGUAAUAAAUACUUUUUUUUUUUGUGUGAAGUAUGGGUGGAUUAUAAAAUAUUUUUGAAUGAAAAAAAAAAAAAGAAAGAGAAAUAUGGAAUCGGAGGAGAUUUCUUCAAUGAAUUCCUUGAGACAUUCGCUAGAAAAUGUAUACAAGAACUCUUUGGGUAGAUUCCGACAUAUAAAUUAAUUUAUUUUUAGUCAAUGGACGUCCAUGUGAAAGAAAAAUUGUUUAUUUUCUUCUUUCCCACUGAAAAUUGAAUAAAUAAAAUGAUUGUUCUCAAUCUGAAAAAAAAAAC